AGCACCAAACUCAAACGCCGAACGACCACACCGGCAACGGUCCACUACGGCUGGCGAUUGUUCACGUUCCGAAACGAGGGUAUGUGAUGAUGAUGAUGAUGAUGACGGCCAAGGAAAGGGAGAUCCGACGUCUUUCGGAAAGGGAGGUACUAGUGUCUCUGCUCCUGCCUCUGGGCGUCUGAACAGUUGGCAUGGUCCGAAUGAGAAGAAGGCGAAGGGAAAGGGAAACGGAAAGCAGGUUGAGAACAAGCCCGAGUUCCAGUAGGACGACGACUUGGGGAGACGGAAGAUGAAGGAUGGCAUUUUGUCGUCUGGGGAUACUUGGACCUUUGAAUCACAGUACCACCAAGUACAAAAGGCUUUGAAAGAUGCGUCGCGGCCUUUACAAGUGCUGGAAGACAUAUCUUCAGAGUCUACACUCCGACAGCAGACAUCGACGCAGCCAGAGAUGCAGGCACAAACACCGACGCAGCCAGAGACGGAGUUAGCAAUACACAUGUCCAAGUCUGAGGGACCCAAGGAGACAGAGACGUCGAAUGAGGAGCCAGAUGGUGCGCCAAAAGAAGAGCUCCAGAAGCAGCCGGGGUACAGUCCAGGCCAAGUCCCAACACAUGUCCCAGAGUAUGCGCCAGCGUACUACGUGCUAGCGGACGCACCAUUGUGUGAGUCGGAGGACAUGCUAGAUGAUCCGCCGUGGUUUGAGCCAAAGUAUACAUUAACGGACGUGCCGACGGAUGGGCCAGUGGACCUCCCACAGAACGUUCCGGAGGAAUCUUCGCAGAGUAUACCAGAGUAUUGUCCUCCAGAAGAAGAAGUCUCAACCACCGUGUCAUGGUAUGAGCGAGAAGUCCUGUCGAACCUGUCAAAGGGAGAGAAAAAUCGGAAAGUCAAUGGGCCAUGGGCCUACAUUGGUGGUGCCACGGAGUCUGACUUCAAGAAGCAAAAGAAGAGGAAUCCAAAGUCCAAGGAACGCGAAGCCAAGGAACCCGAAGUCAAGGAACACGGAGUCAAGGACACUGAAACCGAGAAGCCCGCACCUUCGAACCCUGCAUCUCCAGAUCCUGGAGCAACAAAACUCGAGGAAAUCAAAAACAGUGACUGGUGGGAUUACCACAUUGAUGCCGCCAAUGAGCCUGACUUUGAGAAAAAGAAGAGAGAUCCCAAGUCCAAGGCAACUGAAACCAAGGACACCGACACCAAGAGGUCCGUACCUUCAAAGCUUGCGUCGUCUUCGGAUCCUGAAGCAACAAAACUCGAGGAGAUUAAGGUCAGUGAUUGGUGGGAUUACCACAGGUGACACCCACGAGUCUAUCUUUGGCCCGACAAAGACAGGGAGAUCCGAGACUGAGCCGGGAAUUGAAGAGCUCGCAAGCCCGUCUGAUGGGAUCCUUUUGAAGACCAAUGAAAGUGAAAAUUCCGGGCUGGCUGAGCUUGAGGCA